AGUCGGAGUCUCUAUUGUGAGGCAGAUGGGCGGCACCACUUUCAUUCUCUCUAUUUAAACAACCUGCAGCACACGAGCCAGCGAAUCACUUCAUCUCCUCAGCGGAUAAGAACGAAACCGUGGAUUAAUAUUACCCGCCGACCAAGCGUUAAAAGCAAAACGACAGAGUUGCAGUCUUCACCACCAAAUGACAAGAUGAGUUUAAGUGGCACUGAACUGACUGAAUUCUUCCCCAUGUGGGAAGAAUUAAACUUCACAAACGGCAGUGACAACAACUUGCUGGUGGAAACGCAUAUGUGCCCCACAUACUUCAAUCGUACUGCUCUUCUCCAUGCUAUGUGCACCCUUUACGCCUUCAUUUUUGUUGUGGGCCUGGCCGCCAAUGCACUAGUAGUGUGGGUCAACUUGCGCUCGGAGCGUCAUUACCACGACACACACUUGUAUAUAUUAAACCUAGCGGUGGCUGACCUGUGUAUGGUCAUUACUCUUCCGGUGUGGGUGAGCUCACUGGCACAGGACGGUCAUUGGCCGUUUGGCCAAGCAGCCUGUAAGCUCACACAUCUACUGCUCAGCGUCAACCUUUUCGCCAGCAUCUUCUUCCUGGCCUGCAUGAGUGUGGACCGGUAUCUUUCGGUGGUCCGCUCGAUGGAGACUUCUCAAAGACGAGGACGGCAAAUACGCCGUUUAGUAUGUGUGGUAGCAUGGCUGCUUGCUUUAUUCGCCUCGAUACCUGAAACAUACUUCCUGCAAUCCGUAAAGUCCCUACACAGUCAUGUGACUUUGUGUCAUCCUGUAUAUCCACAAGACAACCCUUUGCAGUGGAUGGUGGGCAUUCAGCUGAGUUUCGUGGUUCUUGGUUUUGUCAUACCCUUCCCUGUUAUAGCAGUUUCUUAUGCGCUGUUAGCAAACGCUCUGGCUUCCUCUUCCUCUCAUUCCCCUUCAAAUGGCGAUCAGGAUCGUAGCGUGAGCAGGAAGGUCAUCUUCACGUACAUAGUGGUUUUCAUAGCUUGCUGGGCACCGUAUCAUGCUGUGCUGUUAGCCGAUGCGCUAGCGAUUCUAGGUGUGUUCCCGCUGGGCUGCAGUUCAGAGAAUGGCCUUUUUGUGGCACUGCACCUUACGCAAUGCCUGUCGCUGCUGCACUGCUGUGUGAACCCCGUGGUCUACAGCUUUGCUCACCGUCACUACCGCUAUGACCUCAUGAAAGCCUUCAUUUUUAAAUACUCCAAACGUACAGGGUUGGCGCGACUCAUGGAGGGCUCUCAGGGCACCGAGAUGGAGUACGCAAUGGUGGAGAGCACCCCUACGGCUAUGAGCUAGGACUCUCAAGAACGUCACCCUCAACGAGUUCUGCACCGCUUCAAAACAUGAACUCCUCUAAAAAGUUUCCUUAAAUCGCUGCCAAAUUGCCGCAAAUGCUCAGAAGUGACGCCAAAGAUUCAGAAUAAUUCAUUUCAAAUGCACCAAAGACUGAUGAGAUUUUGUAAAAUCUGAACCGCUUCGUUUUCAUGAAAUUCUGGUAAAAUUGACUAUGCGUUCUGUCAAAAUUGCAGUAAAUGACACCAAAGCAGUGACACCAAAGAUACUAAUCAAUUCAUCUGAAAUGUUCAAAACUCUGAUGAACCACGAAUACUUAAACAACAAAUGAACUGGCAGCCUAAAUUAGGUCAUUUUGAACCACUUGUGUUUUACAGCUUGAUGCCGUAUCAUAAAUGUGUCCAAUAACGACUUCCUAAUAAUGUUUGAUGGCUUUCGGUCAUCAAAAUAUGAUAUAUAAUGCAAUAUACAGAAAUGAAUGCUUAUAAAACUGAUUAUUGGAAUUAGUUUUACUAGAAAAAAUACAAUGUCAAUUUAAAAUCUGAAUUUCAUGUUUAAUUAUUUUACUGUUACUUGCUGUUUCUUCAUAAUUAUUUGUGAUAUUUACUAGCAAUUUCUGGGUGAAAAGGCUUUUUAUUUUGCUGUUUAAGGUCAAAAAACAUAAAAUGGUGAUAAAGUGUUAUUUAUAACAGUGCUCCAGUAUGUAAUGUAACAGUAUAAUGAUGUAGCUCUAAUUCUCUGCUUAAAUGUGUUCAGAUUUAGCUUAGUUGCUACUGAUAAAAUUGUGAAAAGCACUUUGAUAAAAAGGGGCUUUUGUGUCUGUGGCAAGAGAAUUGGUAUUACUUUUGUAUUUUGAACUCGACAACAGCACAUUCCAACAUAUUUUGAAGGGUGGAACAAGUCAGAAAGAACUUAUUUUUAACUGGAAUUUUAUUGUGCGACUGUGUUUUCACUUCAUUGUAGGUAUGUUCAUGUGUGUAUAUGAUGUUUUAUGAUUGUCUGUUAUCUUGUAACAGCGCCUCAUGUGUACUUGGCAUUUAUAUGCAUAUUUCAAUUAUCUGAAACGUAAGUUAAGUAUGUUGUUAUAUUUAUCUUUACUUGCAUAUUUUUUUUAGUUUUUUUCUUUUGUCAUUUUUGACUUACGUUGGAACACUGAUUAAAUUUUUUGAAUAGA